AUGGGAAAACAUCCAGGAGAACUUCUAUCUUCAUUAUCGUUUUCAGCUACAAAACACGAAGUUUUGUUAAAAGACAUUUUAGACCAACGUAUGUCACCACCUACAGGCCGAGUAGCAAAGGAAGUGGUGACAGCAGUCAGAUUAGCUUUGUUAUGUGUUAGUAUUGAACCAGCUUCAAGGCCUACAAUGUGCUAUGUGGCUCAACAAUUGUCAGCUCGAACAAACAAUCAGAUGUCAGAGCCUUUUGGAGCCAUUACACUUAAUUGUGCUUGUCAAAAUGCCCUACAGAACAAUGCUCAGAUCACUUCGAUAUCAGCAGCAACUCUUACAGAGGCACAAGCACUUCUCAGCUGGAAAAAUUCCUUGUCUGAGUCGUCUAAUCUCACAUCAUGGAAUGUUUCCGAAAAUCCAAACCCAUGCAAUUGGACUGGCAUUUUUUGCAACAAUCUUACAUCCAUCACCCGUAUUGUCUUAUCCAACAGAGGCCUUGCCGGCACCCUCACCAGCUUCAAUUUCAGUGCAUUUCCCAAUAUUACAAGAUUUGUUCUCGUGAAAAACAAUCUGAAAGGUCAAAUCCCACCAAGCAUUGGUAAGCUCUCCAAGCUCACUAAGUUGGACCUGGGAAACAACAUGUUUGAUGGGUUUAUUCCUCCAGAAAUAGGUCAGUUGUCUCAACUUGACUCUCUUGUCCUGUAUAAUAACAGUAUAGGAAAUAAAAUUCCUGUCCAACUCAGUAAGUCGGGGAAGCUAAGGCUCCUAUACUUGGGUAGAAAUAAGCUUACAAGCCCUGAUUGGUCUAUGUUCAAUACCAUGCCUAUGUUAUCAACCUUACAGUUGUUGUUGAAUGAAUUAGAUGGAGAGUUCCCAAGCUUUAUUUUAAGGUGCAGGAACUUGACCGAACUUUCUCUGGCAAAUAAUAAAUUCAGUGGAUCGAUACCAGCAUUGUUUUACAGCAGUCUUCCUAAACUUAAAUACAUUAACCUUAGUAAUAACUUAUUCACAGGACCAAUAUCACCUAAGAUUUCCGAGCUCUCCAAUCUGUAUCACAUUGAACUGAGCAUUAACCGGCUUAAUGGUUCAAUUCCUGAUAGCAUUGGGUCCAUUGCUAGGCUCAAAGUUCUGCACCUAAACCAAAACUUACUCACUGGGGGAAUUCCAUCUUCUAUAGGAAACCUUGAUAACCUUGAAACCCUUUAUCUUAAUUCAAAUAGAUUGAAUUCUACAAUUCCUUCCAAACUUGGGUCAUGUACUAAUCUUACCGAGCUGCUUCUUUCUAAUAAUUCACUUAGUGGGGAGAUACCAUUGUCCUUGACAAAUCUCAAAAACAUAUCUAAAAUUGAGUUAUUUGUAAAUAACAUGUAUGGUGAAGUCCCCCCAUAUUUUUUGACCAACUGGACAAAGUUAACUUCCUUGCAACUUUAUAGAAAUAAUUUUAGUGGGAUUAUCCCUUCAGAAAUAGGCCAACUGACAAAGCUUAAGUAUCUUCUUCUCUACCAAAACAGUUUUAGCGGUUCCAUACCGUCAGAGAUAGGAAACCUGAAAGACUUGCUGAAGCUGGACUUUUCAACAAACAAACUUUCAGGUCCAAUCCCUCCAACCAUUGGGAACUUAGGCAAUCUUUCUGCCCUCAGCCUUUUCAAAAACCAACUUACUGGAACAAUCCCACCAGAAAUUGGAAACCUAACCUCAUUAACUAUUCUUAAUCUCAAUAACAAUCAUCUGAAAGGGGAAUUGCCAGAUACCCUCUCUAAUCUUCGGAACCUAAAAGACUUCUCUGUCGCCCAAAAUAAUUUGGUUGGGAAAAUCCCUCCAAAAUUUGGUGAGGAUUUUCUUUCCCUUACUGCUGUUAGCUUUACAAAUAAUAAUUUCUCAGGUAGUCUUCCUCCUGGCUUAUGUAAUGGUUUUAAGCUGGAGUACUUGACAGCUAAUAAUAAUAGUUUUACUGGUGCCAUUCCGGAUUGCUUGAGGAACUGCUCAAGAUUAACUAGAGUCCGGUUGGAAGAAAAUGAGUUCAACGGUAGUAUAUCUGAUGCAUUCGGUAUCCAUCCCAAGCUCUAUUAUAUCAGCAUGAAUGACAACCAGUUUGUUGGCAAGAUCUCUCCCAAGUGGGGAGAAUGUAAGAAUCUGACAGAUCUUCGGUUGGGGGAAAACAAACUUUCAGGGGGAAUACCAACUGAACUUGGGAAACUAUCACGUUUGGGUGUUCUAACUCUUGGCUCAAAUCAUUUGAGUGGGAAAAUUCCAGAUGAACUUGGUAAUUUAAGCAAGCUGUAUAACCUUAACUUGAGCAAUAAUCACUUGAUAGGGCAUAUUCCACGAACCUUAGGAAAAUUGGAGUCUCUUCAGUAUCUUGAUUUAUCAGCAAACAAUAUCUCUGGAGAAUUUCCUAUUGAGCUUGGAAAUUGUGUACGGUUACUGAGCUUAAACCUGAGUUACAAUGACUUGCAUGGAAAUAUACCAAUUGAACUCGGCAACUUGAAUGAACUUCAGUACCUUCUGGAUCUUAGUAGUAAUUCUUUCUCAGGUCAAAUUCCUCAAAACCUCGGCAAGCUCAAAACUUUGACAAUGUUUAAUCUCUCUCACAAUUAUCUCACUGGGGGUAUCCCACUCUCAUUAUCAAACAUGUAUAGUCUUAAGUCCUUUGAUCUUUCCUACAACAGUUUAUCAGGUUCAGUUCCUAGGGAUGAAUUUUUUCAAAAAGGAAUAUACGUGGGAAAUCCUGGUCUUUGCGGAAAUGCAACAGGACUAUCCCCUUGUGGUAAUCUUGAUACUCACAUAAAGAUUAUAAUUGCAGUUGUCGUACCAGCUGUUUCUCUUUUGUUUCUUGGGGUAGGUAUUGCUUAUUUACUGCGUUGCCAGAAUAAUAACAAGCAUGGUGCAGAGAGUGGAGUUUUGGAGGUUGAUGAAUCCGAAUCAUUGAUAUGGGAGACUGAAGAAAGAUUUACAUGUACAGAUAUUCAAAAGGCGACUGAUGAUUUCAGUGAGUUUUGCUGCAUUGGGAAAGGAGGUUUUGGUAAUGUGUAUAAGGCAUCUUUGCCAUCAGGUCACAUAGUUGCUGUUAAGAAGCUCCACAUGGAAGAAUGUAGUGACAUCUCCUCAACAAGUCGACAUAGUUUCAUGAACGAGGUCAAGGCAUUGACACAGGUCAGGCAUCGGAAUAUCAUCAAAUUGUACGGGUAUUGCUCCAAAGGACGAUCCAUGUACUUGGUAUAUGACUACAUUGAAAGGGAUUUUGGUACCGCAAAGCUUCUUAAAUCAGAUACAUCUUACUGGACUGCAAUUGCUGGAGCUUAUGGCUAUAUGGCCCCUGAGCUGGCUCUGACAAUGAGGGUGACUGAAAAGUGUGAUGUUUAUAGCUAUGGAGUUGUGGCAUUGGAAGUUUUGAUGGGGAAGCAUCCAGGAGACUUGCUGUCUUCUUUAUCAUCUUCAGAUAGCAGGCCUGAUAUGCUACUUAAAGACAUUUUGGACCAACGCCUAUCACCACCUACAACGCGUUUAGCAGAGGAAGUGGUGAUUGUAUUCACAUUAGCUCUGUUAUGCGCGAGUUCAGAACCAGACUCACGGCCUACUAUGCGUUAUGUUGCUCAAGAACUAUCAGCUCAAAAACACAAUUACCUCUCCAAGCCUUUUGAAAAAAUAUCCCUCAGCAAGAUGAAUUCUCCUCCGAGUUACUGA